GGGUUUGUUACCCACGAAGAAGAGCAACAUGCUAGAAACAGCUGUAGUGUAGCUGAAGUCUCUGUUAGCUGCAGGGUGUUACAUUAAUGUCAUGUUUAUGUUAAUGUUUGGAAAAGACAGACUAAGUAUGAAUCCUUCCCUCGUGAUGAUUCAAAGAAACUGAAUCUGAAAGGCUUUUUAUUAAACUGCCUUAACGGCUAGCUAGCUUUGUGCUACAUAGCCUGUUAGCCUGUAGCUGUUUACUAGCAGCUAGCUGUCACCGGGUUUGUUUUGUUCUUGUUAAACUGUCUGUCUCUCCAUGAACACAUGAGUGUGUCUCUGGUUGUUAUCCGUCUGGAACUAGCCGACCAGUCUCCUUUUCCUCAAGGUUUCCAGUACUCUGCAGUUGAGGGCAUGUCAGAGGAGGAGCUGCAGGAGAAAGCUUUGGGAUUAGCCAAACACACUCUGAGUGGAAAGACUGAUCUGGAAAGAGCCACAGUCCUGCACCAGCACAUCGGGAGCAGAGCCAUGGGGGACAUGGUGAUAGAGACCUUUGAGCCCAGCCCGGAUAAAGGUGGAGGUGAGGAUCCUGGUGGUGCAGCGGAUCAGAUCAGUGACCCUCAGGCUGCACAGACUGAAGCAGACGGUCAGGAGGUCUCUGAGGGGUCACAGGACGACAGCGAGAAAACCGGCGCUGCUCCGGACUCUCCAUCCAAACAGCUCCCGGAUCAGAUCUCCUUCUUCAGCGGGAACCCUUCCGUCGAGAUCAUCCACGGCAUCAUGCACCUCUACAAGACCAACAAGAUGACGUCUCUGACUGAGGACGUGCGGCGCAGCGCGAUGGUGUGCAUCCUCACCGUGCCCGCGACCAUGACCAGCCAUGACCUCAUGAAGCUCAUGGCGCCUUUUAAUGAUGUGAUGGAGCACAUGAAGAUCAUACGGGACUCCACCCCCAACCAGUACAUGGUUCUGAUUAAGUUCUGCACACAGGCAGACGCAGACAGCUUCUACACGGCGUGCAAUGGCCGUCAGUUCAACUCCAUAGAGGAGGCGGUCUGUCAGCUGAUCUAUGUGGAGCGGGCGGAGGUGAUAAGGUCUGAGGAGGGAGCCAGUCUGCCGGUGAUGGAGCUGACUGAGCUGCCAAAGUGCACCGUCUGCCUGGAGAGGAUGGACGAAUCUGUAAAUGGCAUCCUCACCACUCUGUGCAACCACAGCUUCCACAGCCAGUGUCUGCAGCGCUGGGAGGACGCCUCGUGUCCCGUGUGCCGCUACUGUCAAACGCCGGAACCCGUGGAGGAGAACAAGUGCUUCGAGUGCGGCGUGCAGGAGAACUUGUGGAUUUGUUUGAUCUGCGGUCACAUCGGCUGCGGUCGCUACGUCAGCCGGCAUGCCUACAAGCACUUUGAGGAAACGCAGCACACCUACGCGAUGCAGCUCACCAACCACCGGGUCUGGGACUACGCAGGAGAUAACUAUGUGCACCGCCUGGUUGCGAGUAAGACGGACGGGAAGAUGGUUCAGUACGAGUGUGAGGGAGACACCUGCCACGCUGAGAAGAUCGAUGCUCUCCAGCUGGAGUACUCGUACCUGCUGACGAGUCAGCUGGACUCUCAGAGGAUUUACUGGGAGAACAAGAUCGUCCACCUGGAGAAGGAGACGGCAGAGGAGAUUAACAACAUGAAGUCAAAGUUUAAGGAGACGUUGGAGCGCUGCGAUAACCUGGAGAGACGCUUCGGAGAGAUGAGCAAAGAGAAGCAGGGAUUAGAGAAAAAGUGCACUCAGCUGAGCGGCCGCGUGAUGAAGCUGGGCCAGGAGCUGAAGGAGGAGCAGGAGAUGAACCGCUGUCUGAGAGCCAAUCAGGUUCAGCUGCAGGCUCAGCUGGCGGAGGAGGAGCGUAAAGGAAAGGAGACCGGCGAGCGUAAGGACGGAGCGAUCGCCGAGCUGCAGGAGCAGCUGAGAGACGUGAUGUUCUAUCUGGAGACGCAGCAGCAGAUCGAACAUCUCCCUCCGGAGGCUCGCAACGAAAUCCAAGAGGGACAGAUCAACAUCGGGGCGAGCCCGUCCGACGGCCCGGCGGGAGCUGGCCCCUCCUCCGUCAGAGGCAGGAGAGGCCGGGGCAGGAAGAGGAAGUAGGCGGGGGUUUAAUCAUCGACUGGAACUGAGCUGCUGCCUCUCGCUUUGGAGGUCUGCAGCUGUUCCACAUUAUCCCAGAGAGAGACUUGAUAAGCGCUCCUUGAAGAAGAGAGAGCGUUCAUAGUGAUGAUAUAUCUGCACAAUGUCCCACCACACCUUAAUGUAGCCUUCACAAGACGAGUAGAGAAGUGGGUGGACACAAACUCCCCUCUGUGGUUUCCAAAUAUUUACUUCUGUAAACUUUUCUGCUGUUUCCAAAUCUAAAAGGAGUUUCUAUUUUGGUCUUCAGCGUGUUCCUUUGAUCAGAAUAAUCUUCAUUUACUCUGUAAAGUAGUUCUUAUCGCCGUCUGUUUGGCGUCUCUGCGUUUCUUUCAAGUUUGAUGUUCUUUCUUUUACAUGUAAGGACGGAGGAGAGAGAGGAGCUUGUACACAAAUGUUUUUAUUUAAAGGAAAAUUAUGACCAAGUCCUCUCAUGUUUUCUUCUUUCUGCCCGUCAGACUCUUUAAGUACUCGAGGUGAGGCAGGGAAAGUGAGGAGAUGGAGACAGGCUGAUCCAUGCACAGACAGGAAGUCCUUAAACAUGUCAGUUAGUCAUCCCCACCAGGUGAACUACAGGUGAUGCAUGCACCAGAAGGUACCUGAAAGUUUCAGAAGAGGUUAUAAUAACAUGUCCAGACAUUUGCAUGGAGGAGGAACAUUAAUGCAGAAUUUGUGUUGCAAAUGAGGCGAAGCUUUCGUGUAUUUAUAGUUUCCUCUACGCUCCCCUGAAACAUCUGAGCUCUGUUCUGUCAUCGUUUCAAACUCUGAUUCAACAAUCUGUAAUUUGAGGCGUGUGAGAUCCAGACCGUGUGACUGUAACAACCAAGCAGAGACAUGAAGAAAAGAAAACACACCGCCGCUGCUUCUCUUCUCUUCUUCUCUGGCAGAGAAACAGAGCGUGUGUGACGGACUCCUCCUUCCAGGAAGUGUUGGACACAUAACUGGAGGAAUGAGAUAGUGGUUCAUUCACAAGAGAAGGACAACAGACUCGCUCUUUAUCUCACUCAUGUGCAAAGUUUUCUGGUUGUUUCUAGCAUUAUGAGUGUUUAUAAACAUGGACGACAUGCC